UGGCUAGCAGGCAGGAGAUAAGCUCCAGGAUAGCUGCUAGCAGAUAAGAGAUGGAGGGAUAUAACGUUAACUUGAGUGUGAUGAGAAAAGGUGCCUGGACUCGAGAGGAAGAUGAUCUUCUCAGGCAGUGCAUUGAGAUUCUUGGAGAAGGAAAGUGGCACCAAGUUCCAUACAAAGCAGGCUUAAACAGGUGCAGGAAGAGCUGCAGACUAAGAUGGUUGAACUAUCUGAAGCCAAAUAUCAAGAGAGGAGACUUUACUGAGGAUGAAGUAGAUCUAAUAAUUAGGCUUCACAAGCUUUUAGGAAACAGGUGGUCGUUGAUUGCUGGAAGACUUCCAGGAAGAACAGCGAAUGAUGUGAAAAAUUAUUGGAACACUCGAUUACGGAUCAAUUCUCGCAUGAAAACAUUGCAAAAUAAUUCCCAAGAAACAAGAAAGACCAUUGUGAUCAGACCUCAACCCCGAAGUUUCAUAAAAAGUUCAAAUUACUUGAGCAGUAAAGAACCAAUUAUAGACCAUAUUCAAUCAGAAGAGGAUUUAAGUACGUCACCACAAACGUCGUCGUCGACAAACAAUGGAAAUGAUUGGUGGAAGACCUUGUUAGAAGACGACGAUAUACUUUUGAAAGAACUGUAUGUCCCAGUCUUGAGUUAGAGGAAGAACUCUUCACAAGCUUUUGGAUUGAUGAUAUGCAACAGUCGGCAAGAUCAUAGGUCAAUCUUCCUGACGAAGGACAAAUUAGAAGUGAUUUCUCCUUUAACAUGGACCUUUGGAAUCAUUUAAAGAAGAAUAGCUAAAGAGAUGAUUCUCAAUUCUUCAGUAUCAUUUUAGUUUGUAUACUAUUAUUUUCCUUGCUCGUACUAUUUUAGU